CGUCCAUCCCAAGAUCGGACGCCCUCCAUCCCAUGCCCACCAUCCUUAUAUUAUUCUCCGCUCCUCUCCACCACCCCUUCUCUUCCCUUCCCUCCCCCCCAAAUCCAUCCGCUUCCACCCCCCAGCCCCCGAAUUCCAUCGCAGAUCAGAUCAGGUGAAAAAAGAGGAGAGAGGAGGGGGGAAGAUGGGGUUGGCGUUCGGGAAGCUGUUCAGCCGGCUGUUCGCGAAGAAGGAGAUGCGGAUCCUGAUGGUGGGGCUCGACGCCGCCGGAAAGACCACCAUCCUCUACAAGCUCAAGCUCGGCGAGAUCGUCACCACCAUCCCCACCAUUGGGUUCAAUGUUGAAACUGUUGAGUACAAGAACAUUAGCUUCACUGUCUGGGAUGUGGGGGGUCAAGACAAGAUCAGACCUCUUUGGAGGCAUUACUUCCAGAACACACAGGGUCUUAUCUUUGUUGUGGAUAGCAAUGAUCGCGACCGUGUUGUGGAAGCUAGAGAUGAGCUGCACAGGAUGCUGAAUGAGGAUGAGUUGCGUGAUGCUGUGUUGCUUGUGUUUGCCAACAAGCAAGAUCUUCCAAACGCUAUGAAUGCUGCUGAGAUUACUGAUAAGCUUGGAUUACAUUCCCUUCGUCAGCGUCACUGGUACAUCCAGAGCACUUGUGCCACAACUGGCGAGGGUUUGUAUGAGGGCCUGGAUUGGCUGUCCAGCAACAUUGCUAGCAAGGCUUGAUGCUUGAUACGUGGACCUUUAAGACAUGGAGCUGACUAGGAGCUAUGGCAUGUAUCUCAUUCAUAUGUAGGACGAAGCACUGUUUCAAUCUGUUUUUGUAAGGCAUGUGGCUUCGGCGAGUCCAAUAUUUUUGUAAUGAUACCUCACUUGAAUGUUCCGUACUUUUGGAUAUUAUUUGUACCUGUUCAUUUUGCACAAGGAUUUACAGCAUGAUGGAUGUUUCCGCGACAUGUUA